CCUAUUCCUAAGUUAUUUUACUACUAAUCUUUGCACACUUUUGCUGACGGAAAAAGUCAUCAACCGCCUCUCUCUCUCUCUCUCUGACUGACUCAAUCUCUGAAACACUCCACUCCCUCCCUCUUCUCCUGACUCCUAUAUCUUCUCUUCUUCUAAUGAAUCAAGAAGUAGUAGCAGCAGCAAUGAACACAUAAAUGGGUAAGGCAACAAAAUGGUUUCGCGGGCUUUUUGGUCUCAGAAGGUCUUCUGACUCUGCACCACCACCCUCUACCGCCGCUCCAAAACCACACAAAGACAAACGCCGUUGGAGCUUCGUUAAUUCUUACAGAGAGAAUAAGAACCUCCACCAACAUCGCCAUCAAGUACGACUCCAUGCUUCUUCUGCUCAUGACCCUGGGCAGCCGUUAAGAUUCAGGCGGCGUUUCGAGGCUGUUUGGCAAGGAGAGCACUAAGAGCCUUAAAAGGAUUGGUGAAGCUGCAAGCGUUGGUGAGAGGUCACAUUGAGAGGAAGCGCACUGCACAGUGGCUGCAAAGAAUGCAAACUCUCUUACGAGCUCAGGCCCGUGCCCGUGCCUGCCGGGCCCAAAUUUUGCAGGCCCCUCACUUCCAUGUUCCAGCAACACCAGAGAAAUUUGAAACACCAGUCCGUUCUUCCAGCAUGGAAUAUAAUCACUCGCCAUCAGUACUCAAGAGAAAUGGUUCUAGAUCCCAUGUCACCAUUGGCAAUCGAGAGAUAGAACGAUCGUGGACGCAACGAAGAUCAUGGACAAGGACUUGUAGCAUGGAUGAUGAAAGAAGCGCGGGGAUUUUCGAAAUUGACUCUGGAAAAGCACACAAAAAUUCGAAACGCGGAAAUCUCUUCGACUCGACGAGUCAGCCAUUGGUUUCAGAUCAUUACAGGCAGAGUUUCGCCACCACAAGGGACUCAACAUCUCAUCAAUCGGGUCAUAGUCCAUAUUCCUGUGAAGUUGAGGAGAAUUCAGUGUGUGAUGCUGUCAAUUUUACUUAUACUCCCACAAAGAGUGACGGCUCUAAUAGAAGCUACCUAAGUAGUGGUUGUUGUGAGUACUAUCCAAGUUACAUGGCUUACACUGAAUCUUCCAAAGCCAAGGUAAGAUCUUUGAGUGCACCAAAACAAAGACUCCAAUAUGAGAGGUGUGGUUCAUUCAAUAGGUUCUCGCAAACACAAAGGGUAUCAUCUACAAUGCGUGCAAGCUUCACUAGCAAAGCCUAUCCAGGUUCUGGGCAUUUGGACAACCUUGGAUUGCCCCUCGGAUAUAGAUACUGAAUUUAUGUAUAUGCUUCUCUCAGUGUUAUCUUUUGUGUAGUGUCAAUGUGAUCGCUAACCUAGCUAGGCUUUUGAUUUGAUUCUUAAGCACUAUACUUGUAUGAUCAGCCAUAUAUAUUCCAUGUGUUAAAAAUUUAAAAUGGCUUA